CAGCACGCCGCAUCGCGCACGUACGCGGUAAUGCGACCGCACGCGAUUGUGCAGUCGACUUUACGCUGUCGCGCGACCGCGGACGCGCACGAACGAGUUUCCCUCGUGGCCGUCCCGAUAAGCAGGGGACGUUCGCCGAGGGCCGGCCGACGGAUAGAGGCCCUCGCGGUUCGACGAACUCCAGGCGCGACGUCGCCGCCCCGGACAUCGGUUCGCGAUAUUUCGUCGGAGGCGGAAAGACGCGGGUGUCGAGUCCGAGAGGGUGAGAAUCACGCGCGCGUUAUAUAACGAACGGCUUUUUUGUUUCGCGCGCCGGGCCCUCGAGACGCUCCGAGCGCCGAGCGCGCCGACACCUCGUUGAAAAGUUCGAGAUAAAUAACAAGGCCGAGAGCGGAGAGACAAGUUCGACGCGUAAGUUCAGGGGGAGAAAAUCAGUUUAAGGUAAACUUGUUUCUAAUCAAGUGCGAGUGAAGGAAGGCUCUGGCGGCAGAUCCGACGGCCACCGCGAGUACUUCCGUGAUUACGCUUGAGUCGCGACACCUGCCGACGCUAUUGUACUGUUAAAGAGCACCGGUCUUCGUCCGUGUCGACGACGCCUGCCCUUGGUUCCUCGACGCGGACAACCGAACGUGCCGGCCUAUAAUGUCAACCGGACACCUGAAACGAUGGUGCGCGGUCUGUCACAGUGGACCAAGACCCUGAGCUUCCCGGCGAGGGUGUCACCUCAGAGACCCACCAAGGAGUCCAAGGUUUUCCACGUAAGCCCCAGCGCUAGCCCCACGUCACCGCCCAGCCCGAUCAACGACACCAUGGACAAAGCGCCUAUAAUUACCGACGAGAACUUCCAAGACACGGAGGCAGAAAAGGCAAUAAUGGGUUCCAUCGUAUAUUGCAUACAUCACAAGGACGGUUGCAAAUGGUCGGACGAACUCAGGAAGCUGAAGGCACACCUGAACACCUGUAAGCACGAUGCAGUUCCUUGCGGCAAUAAAUGCGGGGCGAUGAUUCCUCGUGUACUCAUGGAGGAUCAUCUCAAGUACACCUGCGCUCAGCGCAGGGCCCGUUGCGACUUUUGUGCCAAAGAAUUUACCGGACACACUUUAGAGAAACACACGGGGACAUGCGGUUACGAGCCUCUUUAUUGCGAGAACAAGUGUGGUAUGAAGGUGCAAAGACGACACCUCGGCCAGCACAAGCUGGGGGAGUGCGCCAAGAGACUAGUCGCCUGUCGUUACUGUAACAAAGAAUUCGUUUUCGAUACGCUCGGCGCUCAUCACGCGAAAUGCGGUCGAUUCCCGGUUGCAUGCCCUCAUCGUUGCGAAACCGCGGUGCUGCCCCGGGAGGAUCUCGAGGUUCAUCUGAAGGAUCAUUGCACCACACAUCUACUUUCCUGUACGUUCAAGGACGCCGGUUGCCGCUUCAAGGGAAAUAGGUUCUCGCUGGAUAAACAUCUGGAGGAAUCCGCAAAGAUGCACCUAAGUCUCAUGUGUAGCCUGGUGACGAAGCAGCAACAUCAAAUAACGAGCUUGAAAUCGGCGAUUAGCAAGCUGUCGUUAAAUUACACGGGCACGCUUAUAUGGAAGAUCACGGACUAUGCCGCCAAGAUGUCGGAAGCGAAAGCGAAGGAAGGAAUGGAGCUUGUCAGUCCACCUUUUUAUACUAGUCAAUACGGAUACAAGUUACAGGCUUCCAUUUUCUUGAAUGGGAACGGGACCGGAGAGGGCAGUCACAUCUCGAUAUACAUAAAGAUCCUACCCGGCGAAUACGAUGCGCUCUUGCGAUGGCCAUUCUCGCACAGCGUGUCGUUCACGAUGUUCGAUCAGACGGUCGUCGCGGAAAAGGCCUGCAAUAUUGUGGAAAGCUUCAUACCGGAUCCGACCUGGAAGAACUUUCAGCGACCGAGCCGCGAACCGGAUUCUCUUGGUUUCGGCUUCCCGAGAUUCGUUUCCCACGAGAUGGUGAAGAAACGACACUUCGUCAAAGACGAUACCAUGUUUAUUCGAGUUAAAGUGGAUCCUAGUAAAAUCGUAGCGGUUUAACGGGAACGCGUUAACGAUUCUGAAGAAACAUUUCGGAAAACGGACUUAUGUGAUAUUUUUGAGUACUCGCUUGAGCGGGAUGUAUGGUACUUAUGUCGUUUUAAAUAAUGCACGGUAGUUCAAAUUAAAAUCGACUGAAAACGCACUGGGGAAACUAUGCCGCCGCCCGCCUGCGUCAUAACAGUUUUUUCACUUAUUAACUCGUGUUACACCGCAAAUAUUGCCGGUAAUUAUAAUUAAUUUAUUAACACUGCCAAAUGCGUAAUACGCCAGAAUGUAUUUAACUUUAUCCAUUUUCUAAUUCCUUUUUCCUGUCUCUUCGAUCUCUCAAGAGAUUUUACCGUUAUGUAAUUUCUUUACUUCCAGUGGCGUAUAAUCGAAGCACGCGAGAACUUAAUAUUGAUUGCUACUUAUUAUUAUGCGACAUGUUUCAAGUACUUGAUGUCUUUCUAACAAUUCUCGCACAAAAUUGUAUAUAUAUAUUUUCGAGAAAUUCAACGAAGAAGAGCAGGUGUCUUGAGCUAUUUUUUGAAAUCAAAGAUAUAGAACUCUCAAAAAUCGCCUCGAUUUUUCUAACGAGUGGCCUUACGAUCGCACGAUUACUUUUAAGGAGAACAAAAUCAAAGAUUGCUAAGGAACUGUGUGUAUUAUAAGCUUAGCAAAUGUAAAUAUAAACGCGGAAUGCCAUACGAUAAUGGACAACGAAGAGCAAUCGAGAUAAAUGCACCAAUGUAAAUACGCACUUAUCACAUAUAGUAAUAAUGAGAAAAUGUGAUCGAGAUAUGCUAGUGAAUGUAUGUAACAAUUUGAAAAUCAGCUGGCUAAUAAAAGUGUUGUAUAAUAUUCACAUAUAAAA